GGAAUAGUUGCUUAGCAACGGACGCGAUAGUUUUUUUUCAAUAUCGUAUGACUGCUUUUUAAAAGCGAUCUGAUAAGAGUUCAUUCAUGUGGUUCGACAUGUCGCGUAUAGUAGAGUGCGUGCCAAAUUUCUCAGAAGGGAGAAAUAAGGAAGUAAUUGAUGCUAUUGCUGCUGCAAUUGGUUCAACAGAAGGCUGCUCAUUGUUGGACGUCGAUCCAGGACCUUCUACGAACAGGACAGUUUAUACUUUCGUCGGACCACCUGAGGCUGUUGUCGAGGGAGCCCUGAAUGGAGCAAGAGCUGCCUCACAGCUCAUUGAUAUGAGCAGACACACCGGCGAACAUCCAAGAUUAGGAGCCCUUGACGUCUGCCCUUUUGUACCCGUUAAAAAUGUUACAAUGGAUGAUUGUGUCGACUGUGCCAAAGAGUUUGGAAAAAGACUAGCAGAAGAAUUGGAAGUACCCGUGUAUUUAUAUGGCGAAGCGUCUGAAGUAGAUUAUAGAAAGGCUGUACCACAAAUUCGCCAAGGAGAGUACGAAAGUCUACCACAACGCUUAGAAAAGAAUGAAUGGAAACCAGACUUUGGACCUGCCGAAUUUCGUCCAACAUGGGGUGCGACGAUGGCUGGAGCUAGAAAGUUUCUCAUAGCUUAUAACGUAAACAUACUAUCAACAAAGGAGCAAGCUCAUCGUAUAGCUUUAAAUGUCAGAGAACAAGGAAGAGGAGAAGACAAACCGGGAAAAUUGAAAGGGGUUCAAGCUAUUGGAUGGUAUUUGGGAGAAGCAAAUAUGGCCCAAGUUUCGGUUAAUAUCUCAGAUUUUGAGGUUACUCCUAUUCAUACCGUUUUUGAAGAAGUGAAAAAAGACGCCGAAGAUUUAAAUUUAGCUAUAUGUGGAUCUCAAAUCGUUGGUCUAGUCCCACUUUCUGCUCUUCUAAUCUCGGCUGAGUACUACAUUGAAAAGGAGGAACUCUUCCUAUUGGAUAAUGAUCAGAAAAUACGCUUAAUUAUCGAUAGGUUAGGUCUGCAGUCUUUUGACGCAUUCAAACCAAAAGAACGAGUUAUAGAAUAUAUGAUUGAUGAUGAUGAAAUGAAAGGUCCUUUCUUGGGAAUGCCUUUAGAAAGUUUUUUCCAUGCAAUUGGUGGAAGAACCGCGACACCUGGAGGUGGUUCAGCAUCAGCUGUCUGCGCCACUCUGGGAUCAGCUUUAGCAACUAUGGUGGGUUUUCUUUCCUACGGCAACAGGAAAUUCGAGCAUCUCGAUAAGGAAAUGAGAAAGCUCCUACCUGACCUAUACGAAUGCACUAAGAAAUUAAUGCCUAUUGUCGAUCAUGAUGCAGUUGCCUACGAGGAUUUUAUGUUAGCCUGUAAACUACCAAAAGACACGCCAGAAGAAGAGGAAAGGAGAGAAACGGCUAUGCAAACUACAUUGAAAAAUUCAGCUCUUGUACCGCUAAAUCUGGCUGUUACUGCAAACAAAGCGUGGCCGGCCUUUAAACGAGUCGCAGAAAUCGGAAACGAAAAUUGCAUAUCGGAUUUGCAAGUUGGCGCCAGGGCAUUAGAAACUGGAGUUUGGGGAGCUUAUUACAAUGUAAUGACCAAUUUAAAAGACGUUAAGGAUGCAGAGUUCAAAGAAAAGGUCAAGACGGAAAUUGAAAAUGAAUUAAAGGAGGCCCAAAAAUCUAAGGAAGAAAUUCUUAAGCUAGCCGAAACUAGAUUGGGAUAA